AUGCAGACAAUCCAGGAAUUACUGGCUACGAAGCCAUCAAACUCACAGCAAACGCAAUAUGUGGACACGGUAGAAGCAUACGAUAAAUGGGCAGAGGUCUACGACACAGACGGCAACUUCCUCCAACGCCUGGACACAAUCGAGAUGCGUUCUCUACUACCCCAAUUCAUCGACCGGGUAAGCAAACGUUUCCCAGUUACAGACCCAGAGACAACCCGCCCCACCCUAGUAGAUCUAGGCUGCGGCACUGGCCGAAACACAAUCCAGCUCCUCUCCGCCCUAUCCACAGCCGACAAAGCCGGGUACUUUACCGUAAUCGGACUAGAUGCCUCGCGCGGGAUGUUAGAUGUGGCGCGGACAGCGACACGCGAGUAUGCGGAGAACGCAACGCAGACGCCGGAUGUUGAGCUCGGUAUUUUUGACCUCCUUCAACCUGAGGUUUCAAUGACGCAGCUUCCGUCUUCCUUGCAUGGAGCGGAUGCCGUGGGUGUGAUCUCCACGCUGGUCCUGGAACAUAUUCCGCUUGAGCAGUUUUUCGCGGCUGCGGCGGGGAUUAUGCAGUCUGGUGGGUAUUUGCUUGUGACGAAUAUGCAUGCUGAGAUGGGGAUGCGGAGUCAGGCGGGGUUUACAGAUGAGAGAGGGGUUAAGGUUCGGCCUACGAGCUAUUGUCAUACUAUUCCUGAUGUUUUGGUUGCGGCUAAGGAGGCUGGGUUUGAGGUUGAAGAGGUCGUUGGUGCAGGUGCGGAUGGGGUUGUUGUUAGGGGGGUUGAUGAGCAAUUGGGGGUUGUUUUGGGGGCGAGGGCGAAGAAGUGGGUUGGAGUUAGGGUUUGGUUUGGGGUUUGUUUUGUUAAGAGGGGCUGA